AUGGCCAACACGACAAACCAACAAAAAAAAAAGCUACAAAAUAAAGUUGGUGUUAACAAAGUUUUGGCUAUAGUAGAAAUCGUCACAAGACAGUCUUUGGGCGAAUCCACAGGCAAUGUCCAACCACUCGACUUCGGCUCUUUGGCACUAUGCCAAUCGAGUCACCUGCCACCAUCCCCGUCGUUACAAUCCAUCCCAAAGCCGCCUAUAGUCCCUGCUCAGGCCGUCAUAUCGACUUAUGGCACCAGCUCCCGAGAUUACAACUCCUUUCCUCGAGAUUUAUCGUUGCACGAAUCACCAAUAACCCACUCGAGACAUGGCACAAAUCCAAUAUACUCGUGGAAACACUUUGCCGACUAUCGUGCCAAGGUGACACAGAAGGAAGCAGAGAAGAAUGAUCCAACAUUGCCGUUGUACCUAGAGGAUGCUUUCCUUGAUAGUAUAGGUAUAGAAACGCAACUAACUAAGGCUCAAGCUCUCCUUCUGAUUCCCCUGAUAGGAAGGAAGAAGUUGAGCUCCAAGGGCGUAUUAUAUGGCCGCAACAUGCUUAUAACCGAAUAUCUUUGGAUAUAUCACAGGCUUCUAUAUCCACCUCAGCCGGGCGAAAUCAUGCCUAUAGGCAAGGCUAGAGAGGAUCACCCAAUGUAUAGAACAAGGAAGCAGGCCUCCAGUCACAUUCAAGUCCUUAAGGGAUUCUUCCUCACUCAUCCACUAUUCCAUUUCUUCUUUCCACGUGAAAACGAAGAAAAAGAAGAAUACAGAAAGCACAUCAAAGAAGAAGGGGAGGAAAUUGAUGCUUUCAAAAACCACAAGGUCCUUAUCGCCUUGGCGGAAGGACGUCUUCCGGACCAGCAACCAAAUUAUGAUUACUUUGCUCGCCUCCUUGCUGGUGAUUCUGAGGUAUUCGUACGACCGAAAACAUGCUGGAUCCACGCCUCGUCAUCCGAAGUCUCACUGACGGAUGACUGCAAGAACGCCUAUGCUAACGAUAGGACCUGCUUGAGUGCGGAUACUACAAGCUUGGAUGGUACUCGCCUAGGGCGUAAAGGCGACGUUCCCCAUCUUAUACGGAACAGUGACAAAGAGACCCGUCGAGAUCUUGACAAGAACCAAAAAGAGGACGAUCCGCCGAAGUAUCUCCUCCAUGAAUACACCAAGUCUAUAGCACAAAAGGAGUCAAAGUCGAUGAGAGAUAUCUCAAAGAAAUUUUGUCACCGCUUCCCAAAAUUAUACGAAAAGCUGAUGGCUGCCUUAAAUGAUACCCAUCAUUUGGAUGAGCGCACAUCUCGCUGCGUAGUUGGCCCUUGUGACCUUAUCCAGUUCGAAGUUGUCCUCGACUUGCAUACGACCAGUCGAUUCCCGAACGGUACGCAUUUGGACGGCACAGUUGAGCUGCAGAUCUGUCACCCCGAGUUAUCAAACCAUCAUUGGCGUUCUAUAACCAGCAUUAUCAAACCUAAAGAGUUGGAAUACAACGACACGGAGGAACCAAUUUGGGACUGUAUAACCCCAUGCCCAUUCGGCAGUCGACAGAAGGACGUCCUUGUGGUGCCAUUCCCUGCGACGAGCUGGGCUAAUAGCUUCAUUCGGCUAGCUGACUACGUGGCAGCCGAAAAGGCAAGAAUGAAUUGCCGUCCGGGCUACCCCAAGUGGACACGCCGCUCCGUCAUUCUCUGGACCUUUCAAGAUGCCAAUAACAAAAUCAACGAUAAGGGCAAGAUCGACCCUACUUCAACAUUCCACCAACAGCGUGCGUAUGUGGACGGGUCGCCCCGUGUCUCACAGGAUAGCGCCAAGUCAAUGAAACCAGACUUUGCACACCAUCUCAAUGCUGCUAUGCACGAGAACUUUGAUUCAGCUCACGAGACAACUAGCAUAACAUCACCCAGCCAGCAACAUACCCACCUCGACAAUCUCCACCUCCUAGACAGUUUUUCAUUGGGCUAUCUAACCACUCCGCCCCCUACCGCGUCCCUACCAUCUAGCUAUACCUACAUUUCCGACGACAAAACCAUCAACGACAACGACAGCCUACACCGCCCGAGCUUCCUGUCCGACCCUUCGGCUUCGGGUACUGAAAGCCAGGGUAAUAUGCUUGCCGACCUUGGAGUCCCGUUCCUGGCUAACCUGGGGCCAAUUAGCAGUAAUGCAUACGAUAACGUCGCAGACUGCGAUGGCGGCCUGCAGGGUCUGGAACCAGUGAGCCAGUGGGGUACGAAAACAUGCGUCGCACACAGCCAACAAUGGAACAGAUUCACAUGUGAGGGCAGCACAGGACUUGCCGCGGAGACGACGGGGCUGGGCGGUCCUGCAGCCAACAUCGCUGAUGUCAGCCCGUGGCACGACAUGACAAGCCGAGACCAAGCCCUCUGGGCCUACGGGAACGAUACAUUAUGGGGAGCCCGAGAAACCAACGAUAUAAAGCAGAGCCACAAUGCCGGGACCGUGAUCCAUCUUAGGGCAUCAGGGCGCUUCAAUUACUAA